AUGGGAGCCAGAGUUUACUCUCGCCGGAAGGAGCUUACGAAUGAAAGAAGUCAGACCUUAAAAUGCAGCCACUAUGUUCCUGCUGUCAUCCCAGAAAACACUGCCCUUCCAUGUGUAGUCUACUGCCAUGGGAAUAGUGGAUGCAGAGCAGAUGCAAAUGAAGCCGCUGUCAUACUUCUUCCUUCAAAUAUCACCCUUUUUACACUUGACUUUGCGGGAUCAGGGCUAUCAAGCGGAGAUUAUGUCAGCCUUGGUUGGCAUGAGAAGCAGGAUCUCAAAUGUGCCAUGUCCUUUCUGCGUAACAAUAAGCAAGUUUCUCGUAUAGGCCUUUGGGGGCGCUCGAUGGGUGCUGUUACAAGUCUGCUAUAUGGAGCAGAAGACCCCUCAAUUGCUGGCAUGGUUCUGGAUAGUGCUUUCGCUAACUUAUAUGACUUGAUGAUGGAGCUCGUAGAAGUUUACAAAAUACGAGUUCCUAAGUUCACGGUUAAGAUGGCUGUUCAGUACAUGCGACGUGUCAUUCAGAGAAGAGCUAAAUUUGACAUAAUGGAUCUUAAUGUUGUCCAGUUUGCACCCAAGACGUUUAUUCCUGCAUUAUUUGGACAUGCUUCAAAUGAUAUGUUUAUUCAGCCACAUCACACAGAACGUAUUCAUCAGGCAUAUGCGGGGGAUAAAAAUCUAAUCAAAUUUGAGGGUGAUCACAAUUCCCCAAGGCCCCAGUUUUAUUACGACUCUGUUUCAAUAUUCUUCUACAACCUUCUUUACCCACCUCAGUUUCCUUCAACUUGCACAAAUAAAUUUGAUAAGUAUUACAACCUUGGUGCUUUUAAGGGUGGUGCUGGUACCAAUGAGAGCUUAUUGUAUGAGAUCAUCAAUGGUCUACGGGCAGCUGGCACUGAUGCAGGAAGUUCAUCAGCUGCUACAGCUAAUUUCACAAAUGCUACAAAAUCAGUAGUUGAAUUGCUGACAGAGAGGGUAAAUCAGUUAUCUGUUAAAAAUGAUAAUGACUUGGAUUUUCUUUUGGAUGAAAAUCAUAACCUCACUGAGAUGGACGGUAACACAGGAGAGUGUCAUUUAGAGGAUAAAGCAAACAGACAAACAGAGGAAUGCUGUUCAUACACCAGUUCAAACAGAGAGAGCUGGGGAAGAUGUUCUUCCUUGGGCGGAGCUAGUGAUGGAUCAUCAUCAGGCGAGCAGCCUGAGAUACCUAAUCAUAAGCUCAAGGGCAGCAGAACCGCGUUUUCGGGCACAGGUGGCUUGCCAGCUUGUGUGCGCCACCUGACCAGCCGAACCGUUCCUGUUGAAGCUAUGGAAUGGCACCGCCUCUUCCUCCCUCGCCACCACUCCCUCUCCUCCGGCGCCCAGGCCAGCGCCGCUGUCGUCGCCGGCGAGAUCUCUGCCCUCCUCACCGCCCGAAGUUUGCGGGAUUCAGUUAACCGGGCGGAGCAGUUCAUACGCUCCAAUACCGUCGGGGCGUCCGGCGUCCCCGAGAUGUACCGCUCGUUGGCCGCCGCAGGCCCACGUGGGCAGCGCCUUUACCUCAGAGGCGCGGCGUCCGCGCUGGUCGAGGCAUCCGCGCGCGCGGACCUCCCCGACGGCGCGCUGCUGCUGAUCGACCUCCUCAUCCGCACGCCCAAGUUGCCGCGGCCGUCGGCGACCUCCUGCGGCCACCUCAUGGCGAAGCUCCUCUCCCUUGGACGCCGCGCGGAUGCGCGCCGCGUGUUCGAGACCCUCGCCGAUCGCCAGCGCAACAGGGCGAUCACCAAGGUGUGGAGAGCCGGGAGAGCGGCUGACGCCGUCAAGGUGUUCGGCGAAAUGGCGGGCACGGCCGCGGCGCCAAAACAUUCCAGGUACCGGUACCUUACCAUGAAUAUGAUGAAUGACUGCCUGAAGAAGGGAGAUCUGGAGGCUGCUUCCGAGUUGCGGACCCAGAUGGUGCAGGCGGGCAUGAAGCUACCCAAGCAACAGCGGCAUAUGCUUCAGAGGCUGGAAAAGUUCCGGGAGUGCCCACACAAAAUCCCCCGGAACGUGCUCAUCGAAAUCUGCAUCACGGCGGACAGCAUCGAUGACGCCAUCCAUUGGCUCCAGCACAUGGGCAACGAUGACAUGGCACCUCCCAAUGCUCACUCCUACAACCUGGUACUUGCCGGGCUCUGGAAGGCCGGUAGGGGCGACGACACUGUCAAGAUGUUCGGCGAGAUGGCAGACAUGUUCCUGGUGCCAAAUAAUUUCACAUAUACUGUCAUGAUCAAUGGCCACUUGAAGAGGCUGAGUCAUGUUCUGGCCUCGACGAAGAACGAGAGUGGGGAUCUGGAGGCUGCGCUCCAGCUGCGGGCUCAGAUGGUGCAGGAUGGCUUCAUGCCAGAUGAAUACACCUACCAUUCACUGAUGGCAGAACUCUGCUUGGCUGAACGGCUGGGAGACGUUACAGCUCUGUUCCAUGAGAUGCUGAUGCAAGGGACGACACUACACAAGAUCGUUCAUGGCAGCCUGUUUGAGUUCCUCUUCAGAAUCAAUGAAGAUCAGCUACUGGGCAUCAUUGAAAAAUCUGCAAAGGACGGUGUUGCUGCAAAGGAUAAUGGUUGUGUUACCUUGUUGAAGGAGCUUUGCAGGAUUCAGAAAGUUUCACUCGCAGAGAAGGUGUUGCAGACAUUUGCGAAAACAGGGUUGGUACCAACAACGGAGAUGUACAACAUUGUCAUUGAUGGGUAUUGCAAGAUCAAUGAGCUCCAAGGGGCAUUCUCGUUGUGUCGCCAGAUGGAAUCACAUGGUCAGGUUGUACCUAAUGAAGCCACCUACGAUGCACUGCUGCUGGCCGUGUGCAACAGCACGAGCAUCAUGUAUUGGGAGGACGUGGUGGAGUUGUUUGAGAAAAAUGGAGUUAGUACUGAUGCGCUGAACUCCGGCAGUUCUGCUACAUACGGAUUCAAGUAUAGGAAUAGCCUAGUACCUAGAAUGUUUAACAAACUGGUGAGCAAGCUAUUUUAG